ACUGGCCCAAUAUGGGAGCACUUGCGUGCGAUCUUCCCAACUAGCGCCUCCCUUCUGUUUCACAUUACUUGAACACACGCGGGCGCUUGGUACUGUUCCCAGAAAUGAAUGGCACAAGCUACGGCAUGUGUGCACGUUGAAGGUGUGCAUGUCUGCGCGUGUCCAUUCUUGGCACUGAGCACACGUCUCACGGGCCAGGAAUGAGUAAUGCCACUCAAGCUGUUUUACAGCCGCCGCGUAUCACUAAUCCACAUUACACACACGCCUGUGAGGUGAGGAGGAGUGUAAAUUUACGCACGCUUCCGGCACGCCAGUCAUUACCACUGCUGCAGGAGUGAUUAUUAGAAGUGAUGCGUCGAGUGUGCAGAUAUAUAUACUGUAUGUGACUGCGCACCCUGACCCACGUGUGUAGCAGAGGGAGCUUUCUCUUCUUAUCAGUCUCCAGAUUUUACGCUUUCUCGAUGGACAUUAUAUGUCAUCAGUGUCGAGGAUGUGCGAUUAUACGCCCUGUUGCAGCCAGUAUGCCAAUUUCGGGGGCAAUCGGACGUACCAGGGAGCACGUGACCCCGGAGAUGAACAAGCUUCGUCAGAGCCUGAGAAGGAAGAAGCCCACCUAUGUACCCGAGGCCAGCAGACCGCAUCAGUGGCAGGCAGACGAGGAGGCUGUACGCAAGGGCAAAUGCAACUUCUCUGUACGGUACCUGGGCUUGGUGGAGGUGGAGGAGUCUCGAGGGAUGCAUGUGUGCGAGGAGGCGGUGAAAAAGCUUAAAAUUAGUGGGAAAAAGACAGUGAAGGCAGUAUUGUGGGUUUCAGCUGAUGGACUCAGGGUGGUGGAUGAUAAAACAAAGGACCUGAUUGUGGACCAGACCAUAGAGAAAGUUUCCUUCUGUGCCCCGGAUCGAAACUACGACAAGGCAUUCUCCUACAUCUGCAGAGAUGGCACCACCAGACGUUGGAUGUGCCACUGCUUCAUGGCUCUCAAAGACUCGGGGGAGAGACUGAGCCACGCGGUGGGCUGCGCCUUUGCCGCCUGUUUGGAGAGGAAACAGCGGAGAGAGAAGGAGUGUGGCGUGACGGCAUCUUUUGACGCCACCCGCACGUCCUUCGUACGCGAGGGUUCCUUCCGCGCCAACUCUGCCUGCAGUCAACACGGCAGCGGUAGUGAACGAGAUGACAAGUUGCCGGAAAAGAACAAAGACCAGCCCUCUGUUCAUGCAGCCCUCCCACCCGGUACUGCCUCCCCACCCGAGGGCGCAGCAGAACCCGGCGGGCCCCAUGCCAUCCCCCGCCGCCAUGCACCCAUCGAGCAACUGGUGCGUCAAGGCUCAUUCCGGGGAUUUCCAGCUCUGAGUCAGAAGAACUCUCCCUUUAAGAGACAGCUGUCACUUCGCCUCAACGACCUGCCAUCCACACUGCAACGCAAGACCGACUUCGAAGCCAAGAACUCUGUACUAGAGGUGGACAUGAGUUUGUCUGGUGAGGGAGACAUUAAUGACCUGUGUAGCCAGAUCAACACCUCCUUCACGAAGCCAUCCGAGGACCCUUUCUCCAACCCUUGCCCAACUGCAAGUGGUCAGCCGAACUGCGUCGUGCUUCCGGUCCUGCCUCCUCCCCCAGCGCCGAUGCAAGCGACGUCUUCUUGGGUUCAACCAGAUCCUCCUCGCCCCUCUCCUCCUCCUCCAGUGUCCGCGGUGAUGCAGAGUGGGCAUAAACGUACACCUUCCGAGGCGGAAAGAUGGCUGGAAGAAGUCUCGAAGGCAGUCAUGUCCCAACAGACACCCCCGCCGGCUCCCACCAUCAUCCCCACCAUUCCUGGGCCACCGUCUGUAUCGAGUCAGCAGAUCACAAGUCUGGCCCCGGUGUCCACUCUUUCCAUGUCGCUGGGUACCAUGUCUAAACCGCUCAUCGCAGGCCCCUCUGCUAUCUCAGCUCAGGCACCGAUGCCCCUUCCACCGAUGUCCAUAUCGUCGGUUCCCCUCAUACCUGGCCCUCCAAUUUCAAGCCCCCCAAUGUCUUUGCCUUCAAUGUCCAUUCCCACCAUGUCUGGUCCAAGUAUGUCAGGAGCCCCGAUGAUCCAGCCCUCACUCCCGGGGCCCCGAGGCUCCCUCCCAAGCAUUUUGCAGCCCUUUCCUUUGGCCUUCGACGCUCCUUCAGCUCCUGUUGGGAUGUUCGCCAGCCAGCCCGUGCAACCGGCUUUUGUUCCCAUGCAAACCUACAUGCCAGGCUUGGCGAGCAGUAUGACCUACCCAAAUGUCAGCGUACCCGUCGUGGGAAUCACGCCGUCGCAAAUGGUGGCCAAUGUCUUCUGCACGGCCACUGGCUCAUCUGGCACUGGAGGUGCCAUUGGCGCCGGAGUCGGAGGGUCUAAAGGCGUCACUCACCACCCUUACUCAGGAGUGCCCUCUGGGGGGUUUUCCACACCAUUCCCCGCCACCCCUCCUCUUUCAACAGCCAUGAACGGGCUCCCGAUGCACAGCGGCGCCUCGGCAGCCCUUCACAAUGGCAACUCUAACAGCGGCGGCACUAGUAGCUGGCCGCCAGAAGGCAGCCAGCUGACUGCUCCCGUGACCAGUAAUUCCCAAGACGACGAGCGUUUUGAGGCCAAGUGGGCGGCCCUUGAGAGCACCAACACCAAACCAGCGGCUCAGGCACCCGGAAGCAAAAGUCCAGCAGCGGCAGCCAACCCAUUUUCGAACAACCUGCAGAAGACUUUUGAGAUCGAGCUCUAAGAUGAGGAGCAAAGUGGCGGCGCGCUGCAAGCCCUGCACUCACAAAAAGAAGAACGCUCGGUGGUAAUUCAAGCAUCCCUGAUUUGAAUGGUAUAUGCAGGUCCUGAAACAUUGCGGCAGCCUAGCAUCCCAUAAAAGCUCUCUAAUGGAAUAUCUACACCAUAAUGAUGUUACUUUCUUGAGGCUCCAGUGAGAGCUGUGCAGAUUGUGCUGGGGCUGCCACUGGGAGCUAUCCACAUCUUGAUGUGAUGAUCUAAAUCCUGCCACAUCACCUCCUGUCCGCCUCUUUCCCGCUUUCAUGUCUGCACUCCGGUUUUACUUUCUUUCCCGGCUGCAAGUCCCUUGACACACUGACCUUGUCACUCAGCGACGCGCUCAGUGGUUGCUUUCUUUCAAAGGUGACACAGAUGCAUUCCAAUCCCAUUGACUGAUUUUGGCAGUAUUUGUUGUGGGGAGGAAUUCCUUGUGAGGAAUGGAAAUAAUUCUUGGUUUGACGAAUGUUCUUCUUAAUGGUGGAGUUGUGAGAAGUGAUUGGACGUACAGUGGAUAUAAAAUGUCUACACAGCCCUACAAAACUUUUUCAACCAUUGAUAUGACCCAUGACCUCUCGAGACAACCCAAUUAAACAAAAAAACUUUUCAAGAGGGGAAGUAAAAAAAAAAAUGAGUGAGAUAAUGUGGUUGAAACAAAACACGUGCCCAGUUAUAGGGGCGUGCGCACACUUCUCCAACCACAUUGUCUUAGUUGUUCAUUAUUCCCCUCUGACGGAUUUUUUUUCUAUGGAGUAGUUCAGGUUAGAGAUCACAUUAAUGGUGGAAAAAAAAUUCUUUAUCUUGGUCUCAUUUUUACAUCACAAAAACCUGGCAUUUGAACAGGGGUGUGUAGACUUUUUAUAGCCACUACCUAAGAGGACUCACUGUUCAGUAGUAAUGAUGUAUUGCCAAAAUGAUUGUAUUUAUUAUACUUUUUUUAUUUUUUAUGUUGACAAGUUAGAUUGACUUCCUCAAAUUGUUGAAGUGUUUCCUUCAAAUAUUUUUUAUCCCAUAUAUUUAUUUUUGUUGAACUCUUAAGAAAGACUCGUGAAACAAACAGGACCACGUAGGUCGGUCAUCUAUUUAAUUGGGCAAAAAUAUGUGAGUCCGGGCAUGUUAUAGGAAUCAAAUACCCAUGGAUGAAACGUAUCACGUGUCACCUCGCAAGUGUAGAUAGUGGCUCGAUGCUUUUGCUUUUUUUCCAGACAAAUCAAUAGAACUUCACUUUAUCGCUGUUGGGACAUUUCUGGAGCUCAAAUGUUCCAAGGCACUGCAGAAUAUCCAACACAGACACUUCACAGUCGCCAUCCACCUUUUCCGAAAUACUCAAGGAUGACGAAUAUGAUGCACUACCUUCCCAUAUUGACUGUCUUCAAUUACAGGGUGGACAGGAAUCAAAUCCUGCAUCGAUUGUGUUCACCACAUCAGUCCGUUGCGCUGCUUCGAAAAAGAAAAUCGGCGGGGCCGAUGAGGACAGGAAUGUGUCAAAACGGAUAGCGGUAAAAAGAAGAGAGGAGGAGCCCAGAGGAAGGCUUAGCGACAAGCUGAGAGAACAGAGCAACACGGUUGAAUUAAAAGCAUGACAUGGAGAAGGAUAAAGGAACGAAUAUGAGAUGACGACGAGAUAAGAGAGGACAAGAGUGUGUGAAAAUCUUGAGGACAAAAGACACUUUUGUCGCCUUGCCCGCAAAACGGAGCGUCUUGCCGCCUCCGUCUGCAAAUCUUGCUCCUCAACUCUGCUCAAACCUGCAUUGCAAAGAAUCGUUUUCGGUGUUUAUUUUUACAACUAGCUCAUUCCAUAUUUACAGUUUGAUCAGUAAGCUUAACCAAAUACGCGAGACUCCUUUUAUGUAGAAACUCAAAACGCCAGUUUAGGUCAUCAAGUCUUGGAAAAAGUUUGGCACCGUGAAGAUCUAUUUUUCAUGGAGGACUUUUUUUUAGGUGCGCUAAAUCAGUGGGAAUUCAAUUGUAUGAAGAGUCACUGGCGAUGUUCCGUGCUUGUUUUGGUAAGAUUAAUUUAUAAAGCAUUUUUUCAAUGAGGCAGUGAUGCUAUUUGAUAGGCUGCCUCGUCAAAAGAAAUCUUUUCAGAAUGAGAAAGUUCCCAAUUAUCAGGUGCUUUGUUUUCUGACAAAUCUUAUUAUUCCCCCACCCAACAAAUCCAAAUAUACGAAACAAGAUCCUAUUUUAUCGUUCGCUGAAAAUAUAUUCUUUCACUGCACUUGUUUACACAACCUCAAAAUUAUAUGUAGGGUAAUUGCAACAAAGCAAACUCAACGACCUCAUGAACUUGAUUGUCAAACUAGUUUAGUGACGUAACAGAAAACAGGAGUUUAUUUUUAAUCUUUAUUUUCAGAUUUUUUUUUUGUAUUUAAACCUACAUAUUUGUAUUGUAAUUACAUUGUACAAAAGAUGAAUAAAGUAAUAUAACACAA